GGGACGGGCGCAAUGCCAUUCCCAGAAGUAGCCAGGGGUAACUGUCACUGUUUUGGGUUGGCGGCAGGGAGAUUUAUUUACUUCGGGGCGAACACAUCACAUCAUCAUCGGGCGACAACUCAUUCGAUAUAGCCCAGGAAUACUAGUUUCGGGGAUAAAUUCUAUGUGUACGAGAUCUUGUGAAAAUUAUCGGUAUAAUUGUUUGAAAUAUUAGCGAGGCACAGGGCAGAGCUGAGUACUGAGUGCGUCCUACGACUAAUAUUCACCAAUGGCCGAGUUAUUGUCACGCGAAAAGGAACUUUUCAAGAUGAACCAGGAGCUCAACUUGUUGACCCUGACCCCGGCCGGGAUGGCCGACGUCAUUUACCCGGCGCAGGGACCAUCAGGCUUCACAGCAGGGUUGACCAGGACGCGAAAUGGUACCUUCCACCGGCAGAAGGGGCCGAGUACGCUGCUGAAGAAGUGUGCCCAGACAAAGCUGGCGCCAAAGGCAAUGGGAGCGGGAUCUGUCUCGCCAUCAGCCAGGAACUCGCCACCGCCUCCGGCACCCGCAUCCACUCUACUGAGCAGUUCGAAGACGUCGGACUGGAAGAAGGGUAAGUCCACGGGUACUCCCUCGCCCACGACGGCCCGCUUCGACAGCAAGUUCAGCACGUUCACGCGGGGCCAGAGCAGCAAGACGGCGACGAUCGUGAAGUACCGGAACCCCAACUUCAGUGAUAGCACCUCGCUGGACAUGAUACUGCUCGACAACGUGAGCGUAAAGUCGGAAAUGGAGAUGGAGGUCCCCAAGAGACGGGAGAGCACCACUGUGGUCAAUGGCCAGGCCAAGAAGCAGCUGACCCAGGAUAACUUCAUCAAAUUCCUGAAGGCAAAGGUAGCCAUACUCGAGGAAGAUCAUGCCCAGCAUGCAAGUGAACUGGACCGCCAGAAGGAGAAGCUAGACCAGGCCCUGGAGGGGAUGCGCAAGUCCGAGAGUCAGCGGGAUCAGAGCCUGCACUCCAACAAGCACCUGUCGGAGCAGGUGCAGCGGGCCGAGCAGCAGUGCGAAGAGGCCAACAGGCGCCUGAAGGAGCGCCAGCUGGAGUUCACCAGCCAGCAGCGGGAGCUGGAGCAACUCAAGCGCGACAAGGUGCUGAAGCAGGGCAACAUGAAUCUAGAGAACCGUCUUACACGCACCCAGGAGGAAGCCGAGUCCGCCCGCCAGGCCCUCAAUAAGAUGCGCGAGGAGCAACGCGACGAAUUGGACUCGCACCGCAAUGAACUAAAGACAAAGGAAAGCCGCAUCAAGGCUCUGAAACGGCAGCGAGGCGACCUCUUGAAUGCCUACAAGAAGCAGCUUUACAUGAUCGACAACCUGAAGCGGCAGACCAGCUGCAUGGAGCAGUCGGUGGCCAUUGGCUGCUGGGAGAAAGAGUUUAUCUAGAAUACACACCAAUGUAUAUAAAUGAAUAGCAAUUAAAUUGUAUGGUACAAGUCCCCAA